CAAUGUGGACAAUUUAUCAAUAAUGCAGGGAGAUGUGUACGUAGAGAAAAGCCAAAUGCUAAGGGAGGAAGUAAGAAUGAUGCUUUUCAAAGUGGAAAAUAGUGUUGAUCAACUUGAGCUUAUUGAUGUCUUGCAAAGACUUGGAGUGGCCUAUCAUUUUAAUAAUGAAAUAAGGAACAUGUUGGACAAUAUUUACAACAUGAUGGAUAACUCAAAGAAGGAUAAGAAUUUAUAUGCUACAGCACUUGGGUUCAGACUCUUAAGGCAACAUGGUUAUGAUGUAUCAACAGGUAAUGAUCAUCAUGACCACUACUUAUCACUCCUGAUUAAUCAAGCUUUGGAGAUUCCAUUACAUUGGAGAAUUCCUAGAUGGGAAGCUCAAUGGUUCAUUAAUGCAUAUGAACAAAAGAAAAACAUGAAUCCACUUUUACUUCAGUUAGCUAAAUUGGAUUUCAACAUUCUUCAGACCAUAUACCAAGAGGAACUCAAAGUCUCAUCAAGAUGGUGGAAGAACACUGGGCUUGGUGACAAGUUAAGCUUUGCAAGAGAUAGGAUGGUAGAGAAUUACAUUUGGACUGUUGGAGACAUUUUUGAGCCACAGUUUGCGAAUUUAAGAACGGUCAUAACAAAGGUCAAUGCCCUAAUCACCACCAUUGAUGAUGUUUAUGAUGUCUAUGGAACCUUCGAAGAGUUGAAGCUUUUUACAGAUGUAAUUGAAAGAUGGGAUCCAUUUACCAUUGAUAAUCUCCCAUAUUACAUGAAAUUGUGCUUCCUAGCACUUUAUAACUUUGUGAAUGAGUUGGCAUAUGAAAUUUUCAAAGAUCACGGCUACAAUGUCACUCCAUACCUACAGAAAUCGUGGAUAGAUCUAUGCAAAUCAUAUUUUAUUGAAAAAAAGUGGAAUCAUAGUGGAUAUAAUCCAAGCUUCGAAGAAUACAUAGAGAAUGCAUGGGUCUCCAUAGGUGCAUCUGUUAUACUUGUUCACACUUAUGUUCUGAUUCCACAAUCAUUUAGAGAAGACGAAUUGCUUCAGUACUCUGAAGUCAUCAAAUAUUCAUCAAUGAUUUUACGCCUUGCUAAUGACCAAGGAACAUAUGAGCGUGAGAAUGAGACUGGUGACUUCAUUAAGUCAAUUCAAUGUUUGAUGAACGAAAAUGAAACUUCUGAAACAGAUGCACAUGAGCGCAUAAAAUCCAUGUUAAACAUAGUAUGGAAGAAGAUGAACAAAGAAGCUCAUGAUUCUCCAUUGUCUAAGCGCUUCAAAGAAAUUGCUAUGAACCUUGGAAGAAUGGCACUAUGCAUGUACCAACAUGGAGAUGGCCAUAGCAUUCAAUAUUCUCAAAUCAAGAAUCGCAUAUUAUCAUUACUUAUUCAACCCAUUCAGGAUAAUAUAUAUGUAUGAAGGACAUGCAAAAAAGUAAUUAUAAAUUUCAUAGGUGAAUAAUUAUAUAACAUUAUCUAGAAUGACAUUUUCAUGUCAUUUCAAAAUCUGAGUGCUAUAUAUGUAUAUCCAUUUGCUAUUGAAAUAAAUAAAGAGACGAGCAUUAGCAGUUGUUCCUCCAUCA